UGCCCGAGACCCCGUAUGCGGUCGGACAUGGAAGAAAGUCAACAAGUGGCGGAAGCGCUUGAAGGAGGUGAGCAUGUUGGGCACGGGGGAUCCUGAGCUCGUUUCUGCAGAGCCGGUCGAGGCGAUCUGGCAGUCACCCAUCAACAUGUUGGCGGACGGGGAUUACGAGCAUCUGCGUUUGAAAUACAAGGACCCACAUCGUCUGAAGCAUGCCCACUGGUCCCAUGGGGCACGCACAAAGCAGCUCGUGAAGAUUCACAAUGGCUACUUGUUUCCAUCUGGCUUCAUUGCCAAUGCAACGCACCGGUUUGACCUGAAUGUCCUCAACAACAUCAAUUGUGUGCAGUCUCAUUUGGCUCGCAAGGUUGGCAGAGAGAACUGUCAGAAGACCGACUGGAGCACCAUGAUCAUGAUUAGGAAUGCCGAUGAGGUCACUGACCCCGAGGACACUAGAUGGUUGACAGCUGGUCUACCAAAGUUUUCUUAUGAGUGUGAGAGCAUACCGUCCGCAAUCAGCCUCACCGAUACGCAGUUUGCCGACUACGGACAUUUCCACGAGACCAUUCUGACGCGGCUCUUGUGGCCUGCUGUGCAGCGUCUUCGGGACAGUGUCAUCAUCUGGAGGUUCAGAGAGGAAGCUUUCCUCAAACCUUGGCUGAACCUCCUGGGCUUGUCUUGGCGCCAGUUCCGAACAAUGCGCAGAGCUGAGGUGGUGUUUAAGUUCGAUACCCUCUAUGUGCCCGCGGUUGUUGGUAUGGACCUUGACUUUGCCAACCACGCCGAAAUUGUUGCGCACACGCCACAGGUUGAUAUCCAACGUGUUCGGGAUGUUGCGCUCGAGCGUGUAGUUACAGAAGGUCAGCCAAUUGAGGAACCCAACGGUGAUGGUGCACCCACUGUGUUACUCUUGGAGCGUGGUCCAAACUUGCGACGCAGUCUUACCCUUGCAGACACCCUGCAGUUGCGCAGAGCUGCCGUCACAUUGGCAAACGUAUCAAAGAGUGUCUUGAUGUAUCUCCGUGGCACAGCUGGUGGUUUCGAGUUGGGCAAGCGGACUGAUGGCUCGGACACUGAGCUGUCAUGGCAGCCGCUGACCCUGUCCCAGGGGCUUUUGCUGUUUACCCGUGCAAGGGCGGCUCUCGGUGUACAUGGGUCAUUGUUUAUGCAUUUGUUUCUUGCUCCAGCAGGCUCGCACGUGAUUGAUAUCCAGGCGAGACACACAUAUGACUUACCUGUUUACCACUUGUGCGCAGUGCUUGGGCUGCACUACUGGUACCAUCCGGUGGAAGGAACGCACGACUCCAAAACAUUGCCGCUUGGCGCUGCGCGUUUACACAAAUUAGUUGCAAAAGUGAUUACAGACAUGAGAGCAGGACACCACUCUGUCACCUCUGAAUUGUGA